AUGGGACUGCGCUGGAGAUCACCCGUUGCCAAGCAGCUGCCGACUCCCCUCCGGCUGCAGCUGCUUCCAAUCGUUGCUGCCAUCCUCAUCCUUCCCUUCUCUGCCGCCCAGUUUCCAGCUCCCGUCACCUAUUCGACCGUCAUCAAGUCGCCAAUCGAUCCUAAAAUCACCAUUUCCUACAAGACACCCAAUGCCAACACCUGCACUACAGCUUUCGAAGCCCAAAAGCAAUACACGGGCUAUGUUCAGCUUCCGCCCUACACCAUUGCACCAUACCAGCAGAACUAUACCAUAAACACCUUCUUCUGGUUCAUUGAAGCACGCGAAAACCCGGAGACGGCCCCGCUUACUAUCUGGCUCAAUGGGGGUCCUGGGAGUAGUAGCAUGAUCGGGCUGUUCCAGGAGAGCGGACCAUGUGAGGUCGUUCAAACCGACGAGGGUUACGCCACACAAGCGCGUACUUGGGGAUGGGACAGGAGCUCCAAUGUGCUUUACAUCGACCAGCCCGCCCAGGUCGGCUUCUCCUACGACAUCCUGGUGAACAAAUCCCACAAUCUUUUCACCGAUGUUUACACCACUCCUGCCGGCGCUCCUUCUGGACAGUCCCCCUACACCGACCUCAAUGGCACCUUCAGCUCAGGGAACCCACUCAACACUGCCAACACGACCAAUAUCGCGGCAGCUGCGGCCUGGCAUUUCUUGCAAGGCUUCCUCUCCGCGUUCCCUCGAUACAACCCCGGAACCAAGCCUAACAGCACUACAACGUAUGCGACUGGUGUCAAUCUUUUCGCAGAAAGCUAUGGAGGAGAGUACGGCCCUGUCAUGGCAAAUUAUUUUGAAGCCCAAAACUCAAAACGCGCAACUGGUCAACUCUCACGUAACAGCACUCUCGAAAUCAAACUCGUCUCCCUUGGCAUCAUCAACGGUUGGAUCGACCAGCUCGUACAAACCCCAUACUACCCGAGAUUUGCCAACAACAAUACCUACGGAAUCAAAGCCGUCGACGACGUGACUAUGCUCAACAGUCUCAGCGAUUUCGAAGCCUCUGGAGGGUGUAAGGAGGCCAUUCUCGCCUGUCGCAGUAGUAUUGCGAAGAAUGAUCCCCAAGGCGAGGGCGACGUGUUAUCGACGAAUCAGCUGUGCAGUUCAGCGCAAAACAAGUGCCUUCCAAUCGAAGACGCCUAUUACAAUUCUAGUCGAAAUCCCUACGACAUAAGACAGGUACUGCCGGUCAGCUUUCCCAGUCCUGCUUACAUGGAAUAUCUCAACUAUGCCGAGGUGCAGCAGUCAAUUGGAACCCAAGUAAACUACACAGACUCCAAUGAUGUGGUCUUGAACGCUUUCUCAGAAACAGGCGAUAUCAACCGAGAUGGCCAAGUUGCAUCUCUCGCACAACUCCUUGGACUUGGAAUUCGGGUUGCGUUGAUGUAUGGCGAUGCUGACUACAUCUGCAACUGGUUCGGAGGCGAGGCGGUUUCCUUUGCCAUCGCUGCAGCUGCGCCUGGAUAUACCACUGCCUUCCCCGCUGCCGGCUACGCUGAAAUUGUCGUCAACUCUACCUACGUCGGUGGUGCAGUGCGCCAAUUCGGAAACCUCUCCUUCUCUCGCAUCUACGACUCUGGCCAUCUCAUCCCGGCAUACCAGCCUGAAACCGCCUUCACCGUCUUCACGCGCAUCAUCCAAGGCUCCGAGAUCGCCAUGGGACACGCCGUGGAUCUGAGCACUUUCGCGACUUACGGGCUCAUGAACUCCACGCACACCAACAAGACGCCGGAUCAAGGAGACACCACGUGUUGGCUGCGUGCCCUGCAAGGGUCGUGCACACAAGACCAGAUACAAAUGCUCGCAGCGGGCCAGGGCAAGGUCGUCGACGGCGUGUACUACGAAGAAGAAAACAGCGCGCCCAGCUCUGUGUUGCCGCCCAGCCGCACCGUCUCGAUGGGCGGCAAAGGCGCGACGGGGACGUCGACGGCCGGACUGACCGGCGUCUACGUCGCUACGGGCACGCCUACCGCUACUUCUGCGGCUGCGCCGUCGCGGCUGAGGACAACUCGCUCUAUACCACUUUUCGGUUUUGUGUCCUCCUCGAGCGUAAUCAUCGAGCGUGUACAACGGCAUGGCAUGGGUGGUUCGGGUUUGGCACGCAUUCAUCCCGCGCAUUGAUAGCGGAGCCACUGGCGUUUUGGGGGAUUUUCCGCAUCCUUACCCCGGUUUCAACUAGGCUCGUAGGGUGGUAUUAUUGGAUCGAGCAAAAAAACGGACGCCUAAGCGGGCCGGGAGGAAAAUCAGGGGCUCCAUAGAGCACUAAGGGAAGCAUACAUGGCGUUUUUCUUGUAUUAUUAUUAUUAUUGUUCCGGCUUUCGAUGGAUCGCAAGACGAGGGUUUCGGAUUCGGAUGCGUCACUUCGAGUAGAAACCCAAGCACGGAAAAGCAACAUCAAUUCACAACCAUUAAUACGUAGAGAUUGCCAAAUGCGUUUGUUAUGUCUGUGUGUUGUCUAUCGGUAGCUCAAUCAAGCAAAGC